GACAGUCCGGCUUUUUGCCACUCUGUAUUUUUCAGACAAAAUCCAACUUCUCCUCCUAAAAUUUGAACCCACUUUCAAAUUAAUUAAAAAAAAAAUACCCAAAAAAAGAAAGAGAAAACAGGGUGUGUUUUUGAAGAAUGAGAUUCAAUUUCACCAUUUUUGCAAUCUCUCUCCUCUGUUUCUGUUUUUCCCCUGUUUUUUCUUCAUCAACUGAUACUCUAACUCCCUUACAAUCUCUCUCCUUCAACCAAACACUAAUCUCAGCUGGUGGGAAAUUCGAAUUGGGGUUUUUCACUAAAGGAAAUCCCAAGAAAUAUUUUGUUGGAAUUUGGUACAAAGACAUUCCUUCAGAGAAUGUUUACGUUUGGGUUGCGAACAGAGAUUCACCUUCAUGGAGUGAUUCCUGUACUCUCAAGUUUGGUGAUCAAUCAAAUCUUGUGAUUCUGGAUAACGAUUCAGAAGUUCGAUGGCGAUCGAACUCGACAAUGGCUCGGAAUCCGGUAUUGCGGUUACUGGAUUCGGGUAAUUUGGUGAUCAUGGAAGCAGGGGAAUCGAACUCGGGUGAUUACCUUUGGCAGAGUUUUGAUUAUCCUACUGAUACUCUCAUUCCGGGUCAAAAGUUGGGGUGGAAUCUCAAAACGGGUCUAGACCGGUUUUUAACCUCAUGGGCGGGACCGGAUGAUCCGGGUACGGGUAAUUACAGCUUUAAUAUGGAUUAUCACGGUGACCCGGAGAUUUACAUGAGAAAUGGGGAUCAGAUUAUUUACCGGAGCGGGCCAUGGGUGGGGCAGCGUUUUAGCGGGGUGCCCGAAAUGGGAAGUGGUAAUAGUGGUUUUACCUUUACUUUUUACCGCGGUUCGGAUGAAGUUUACUACACAUUUGAGUUACCCCCCGGGGGUGAGGUAAAAUCAAGAUUAGUGGUAACUUUUGAUGGGUUUCUUAAAAGAUGGGCUUGGGUACCAAAUACUAAAACAUGGAAUAAGUUUUGGUAUGCUAGGGCAGAUGAUUGUGAUUCGUAUAGGGUAUGUGGUCCGUACGGGGUGUGUAACACUAGUGCCUAUUUUGAUUGCCAAUGCCCUCAAGGGUUCGAGCCGAAACAACCUCAGGAUUGGGAGUUGAGAGACGGGUCAAGUGGGUGCGUUCGAAAGACCGAGUUGGAUUGCGGGAGUGACGGGUUUUUAAAGCUGGUAAAUAUGAAAUUACCCGAGAGCACAACAUCUUUUGUGGACGGAGGGUUAAGUCUUGCUCAAUGCAGAGAUAAGUGCAAGAGAAAUUGUAGUUGCACUGCGUAUGCUAAUUUGGAAGUUAUUCAAGGGGUUGGUAAUGGGUGCGUUUUUUGGACCGAUAACUUAACGGAUAUCAGAGAUUAUGUUCAGGGUGGUCAAGACUUGUACAUUCGGCUAGCCGCUUCGGAUUUAGGGUCUCCAGGCUCGGGAACUGGUUCUGAUCGGACAAAGAAAGUUGUAAUGGGUAUUGGCAUAGCUAUUGCUUCCGCGAUGAUUCUGGCUGGCUUAAUCACAUUGAUCAUAUUGAAACGCAAAAAGUCACACAAUAUGUUUAGAGCGAGACUAGCGGACACAAGAGCCUCAAGGGCAGGAACAACUGAAAGGAGCCAAGAAAUUCUUAUAAGUGGGCAGUUCAUCACUAGCAAGAGAGACUAUUCAGGGGAAACUAAUAAUCUAGACGAUGUUGAGUUGCCCAUAUUCGACUUAUAUACCAUGGCCGUUGCCACCAACAACUUCGAUGAAACAACCAAAAUCGGACAAGGUGGUUUUGGACGUGUUUAUAAGGGUGUGAUGCCAGAUGGACAAGAAGUUGCAGUUAAGAGACUCUCUAAGGAAUCAGGACAAGGAGCAGAAGAAUUCAAGAACGAGGUUAGAUUGAUCGCAAAGCUUCAACAUCGAAACCUUGUUCGAUUACUUGGUUGUUGUGUAGAGAUGGAUGAGAAGAUGCUCAUUUACGAGUACCUCAAAAAUAGAAGUCUUGAUGCAUUUUUGUUCCAUAAAGAAAGGAAGUUGUUGCUUAACUGGCAAACGCGGUUCAACAUAAUAUGUGGGAUUGCUAGGGGGCUUCUCUAUCUUCAUCAAGAUUCGAGGUAUAGAAUAGUCCAUAGAGAUAUGAAAGCAAGCAAUGUUUUGCUUGACAAAGAUAUGAACCCAAAAAUAUCAGAUUUUGGCAUGGCAAGAAUUUUUGGAGGAGAUCAAACCGAAGGAAACACAAGGAGAGUAGUUGGAACAUAUGGUUACAUGGCUCCUGAAUACGCAAUGGAUGGACUAUUUUCUAUAAAAUCAGACGUGUUUAGCUUUGGUGUACUAGUGCUAGAGAUAAUUACCGGGAUCAAGAACAGAGGAUUCUAUAACGCAGAUCAAGAGCUAAACCUUCUCGGAUUUUCAUGGAAGCAAUGGAAAGAAGGAAAAGGGACAGAGUUACUAGACAAAGUAAUGGGAGAAACAUACUCAAUACACGAAGUAUUAAGGUGUGUACAAGUCGGUCUAUUAUGCGUGCAAGAAAGGGCAGAAGAUAGACCAACAAUGGCAUCUGUUGUACUAAUGCUUGGUAGUGAAUCUGCAUCUUUGCCACACCCUAAACUCCCUGGUUUUUGUAUGGGAUGGAACCCUAAUGAAACGGAUUCUUCUUCGAGUAAACAAGAUGAAUCAUUUACUGUCAAUCAAGUUACAGUCACUAUGCUAAAUGCAAGAUAGUAAAGAUCAUAACAUAAUUAAAUAGUUCAUUUGUAUAUUCUAAUUAAGAAAGUUUUAGCUACCACAAUUUUUUGAUCCAUUUAUAUAUAUUGUUCAUUUUUUUUACAA